GAAUCGAGCCGGCCUAAUAUAAAUACGAUAACGCUGUAUGUAGGUUCUUACAUCAUCCCAAUUCCUCUACAAUCAAAUCACUCCAAGUCCUCUUCCCAUUUUGCUCAAUCUCCCCUUCCUCGAAAAGCAACAAUGGCGAUUUCCUCUGGGGUUUAUUUUCUUUUUCUGCUGAAUCUCUUCUCGUUUGGGAUGAUGUUUUCUUCAGCUACUCUUUUUACAGUAGAAAAUCGUUGUAAAUUCACCGUAUGGCCGGGUUCUCUGACGGGAAACGGACCUGCUCUUGGUGAAGGUGGUUUUGCAUUGGUACCUGGUUCAUCAUCCCAACUCCAGGCUCCACCCGGUUGGUCCGGUCGCUUUUGGGGUCGAACGGGCUGCAAUUUUGACAACUCUGGCGCUGGUAAAUGUGUAACCGGAAACUGCGCUGGUGGCUUAAAGUGCACAGGUGGUGGUGAGCCGCCCGUUUCCCUGGUGGAGUUCACUCUUAAUGGAAGCGAUAAUAAGGACUUUUAUGACGUCAGUCUGGUGGAUGGUUACAACCUUGGCUUAGCAAUCAAGGCAGUUGGUGGCGCAGGUAGUUGUCAACACGCAGGUUGUGUCAAGGAUCUCAACAUAGAUUGCCCUGCCGAGUUACAGAUGUUGGAUUCAGGUUCCGUUGUCGCUUGUAAAAGCGCCUGUGCGGCCUUCAACACGCCAGAAUAUUGCUGCACCAAUGACCAUGCUACGCCUCACACAUGCUCACCCACCAAGUACUCGCAGUUGUUCAAGAAUGCCUGUCCCACGGCUUACAGUUAUGCAUACGAUGAUGCCACCAGUACCAUGACCUGUAUCGGGUCGGAUUAUGUGAUCACAUUUUGUCCAACCGAGUCGUGAACAUGACCCAUGGUUUGUCCAACCGAGUCAUGAACAUGACCUAUGGUUUAAUUUGGUAUUGCUUGCUUAAACUUGAUUGGAUUGUAAGGUUUGAAAGUUAUAAAUAUUGAAAUGAAUGGUUUGGUCCUUUACUU